AUGGUGGAAGCACGCAGCUCGGGCGUGGACAUCUCGGGCGUGAUUGGCCAGGGCAGCUCGAAGAUCAAGAAGAAGAUCAGAGAUAUCACGCGGCUGCUUAAGAAAGACAACCUCGCGUCAAAUGUGCGCAUCGAGAACGAGAGAGCCUUGGACGCUCUGAAAGCGGAGCUCGCUUCCGUGCAAACCAACCUCAAGGCCAAGAAACUCGCGCAGAAGUACCACAAGGUGCGGUUCUUUGAGCGCAAGAAGGCCGUCCGCAAGUACAAGCAGGCCAUCAAGGAGCUAAAAGAGCUGGAGGCCCAGUCAUUGAAGAAAGAGAUCAAGAAGCAGCGCAAGGUGGUUAGGCACUGCGAAGUAGACCUUGCAUACGUUUUGAACUUCCCCAAGACAGAAAAGUACAUUGCAUUGUACCCUGUGACAUCAGACGUUUCUGAGCUGUCGGAAAAGGCUCGUAAGGGGCUACAGCAGACAGAAGCAAAGAGAACAGAGUACCGCAAGAAGAUUGCGGAGCUGUUGGACACAGGCAAGCUGCAAAUCAGUCUGGAGGACGGUAUCCGUACCAUCAACAAAGAGACCAUCUCGCUGGACGGUCCGCAAACGUCGUCGGCUCCAGCAGAGCAGGACGCUAACGAAGAAGACGAGUUUUUCGAAUGA